AUGUGGCAGUCGCUGCUGGGGCUGCCGGAGCCGAUCAUCAAGGCGUCGGCCGCCGAGAGCCGGCUCGGCGAGGUCGAGACGCGGCGCGCCAAGCAGGCCUUCACGCGGGCGUCGGGCCACGGGCACAUGACGCGGCUCGUCUUUGUCCAUAGCGUCUUGCGCGAGGUGCUGCCGAGCAUGCCGAUCCCGCUCGCGGAGCGCUUCUUCAACAGCAUCAACCUCGACGUGACGGGGCACCUCAAGUACAAGGAGUUCAUCUCGGCCAUCGCGGUUCUCAAGACGGGCUCGAUGCGCGAGCGCCUCAAACUGCUCUUCCGCGUCCUCGACUCGACCGAGUCAGGCGCGAUCGGCAAAGGCGACGUGCGCGCCUUCCUCCUCUGGACCAUGACGACGCCCAACGUCGCGGCCAUCGGGCCGAACGGCAAGGUCUGGACCGCCGUCAUGUUUGAAGCCGAGCUCUUCCAGAAGCAAGAGAAGCUCAAGCUCGAACCGUUCCGGACGCGCAUGGCCAACCUCAAGGCCGAGAAGGUUGCGCUCCUCGAGUGGAUCCCGGCGCUCGCCAACGCCUUUGUCUUCGACGAGAUUGUCGACGUGCCCGCGUCGUCGCCGGCGCCGCGCUCGACGCGCUCGACGUCCCUCGUGCUGCCGCCGUCGGCUGCCACGACGCUCGCGCUAUACACCUUGCCCAACUGGUUUGACUCGGACGCCAUCGCCUUCCGCGCCACGUGCCAGCAGCUGCGGCAAGAGUUUGCACUGCACGACCUCGUGCCCGACUCGACGGUCGCCGACGCGUUUGCGAUGCACAUUGAUCGCGCCGUGGUCACGGCCGUGGGUGCCGGCGGGGACCGGACGCUGCGCGAGUGGCUCACGCGGCUCGUGUGCAUCCACCGGGCGACCGUCAUGGAGGCGCUCGGUGCACUUUUUGACGUCUUUGUCGACCGCAACAAGACCCAGAUCACGUCGCAGCUCGCCGACUUUCUGUGCACGAGCCAUCUGGACGUCGACGUGGUCCUGGAUCCCUUUGUCCUUGUGAGCGCGAAUGCGACUUCGCUCUACGACGAAGUGCUUUCGUACUUGGAGAAAGAGUCGCCACCCGUCGCGUUCGAAGAGUACUUUACAUGGCUCCAAGACUAUCCCGUCGUGCUCUGGCUAUGGCAGCAGCUCCUCGACGAGGUCCAUGGCCGCCUCGCGACGAGCAUGAAGGACGGGCAUCUCCACCGCGUGCCGUUGGCGAAAGCGCUCCGAAAGCAGCCGGAUGGAAGCCCGCACAUCGAUGGUGGUCUCUGGUUUGGGAUCGACGCGACGUGGUGGCAGCGCUUUGUCCAGUGCGACACGCAGAUGGGGCCAUUGGUGCCGAGCGAGAGUGGCGUCUUUGUGAACCCAAGCGUGUGGCACCUCGUCAACCAUUGGUUUCCGCCAUCGACACCGACGUCGACCGUCGUGCGACUGACGUGCCGAGUGGACGGGGACGCCGAGAUUCGCCUCGAAACCGAGCCCCUCACCGUGUCGCUCGUGCUGCAAGAUGCGAAAACCACUCCGUCACUGGUGCGAUUGAGCCAGACAACGUCGAUUGCCCGGCUCCCGGUGUUGCUGCGGGCCCACUACAACUUAGCCCCGUCGACGCCGUUGAGCGUGCUCUGGCGACCGCAAAAGUCGGACGACGCCACGAGUCUACCAGCAGGCGCGCGUCUCGGCGACGUCGCGACCAAAGGCCACGUGGAGCUUCUCGUGCAGUGUGCCGCGCUACUGACGCCGUCACCGACGGCAGCCGUGACGCUGCGCCCGUCGACGCCCGUGGUCGGCCUGAGCAACCUCGGGAAUACGUGCUAUAUGAACUCGGUACUGCAGUGCCUCUUCCACACACCGCUCCUGCAAGAGUUUUUCGCGUCGGACGAGUACCUCUACGACCUCAACACGACGAAUCCCAUGGGCAUGAAGGGCGUGCUUGCCGCCACGUACGGCGAACUCGCCAAGGUGCUCGCGGCGCUCGCAACGUCCAGUCGCAACAAAACGCGUCCGAUCGCGCCGCAGCGGCUCAAGUUUUGCAUGGGCAAGGUCUACGCAUCGUUCGCGGGCAACCUCCAGCACGACGCGCACGAGUUUCUCUCCGUGCUGCUCUCGGGGCUCAACGAAGACUUGUGUCGGCCGGUCGCCGGCGCCGGCACGUCCAAGCCCUACAUUGCCCUCCCCGACAGCAACGACCGACCGGACGCAGAUGUUGCGUCCGAGUGGUGGACGGCCCAUGUGCUGCGCGACCCUUCGAUUAUCACGGCCCUCUUCACGGGUCAGUUCAAGUCGGCGCUCGAGUGUGCGAGCUGCCACGCGACGUCGAACCGAUUCGAACCGUGCUCGUUUCUGCAGGUGCCGCUGCCGCCCGAGCCGUUCCGGUGGCUCCAACUGCAGUACCGGCGGUCGUCGUCGCCGGCCCGUGUCGCCGUGCAAGUCCGAGUACCCACGAACGGGACGAUCACGGAUGUGCUUAAGGAGCUCGACAGUCUCUUUCCCGAGUCGGCGGCCGCCGAGCACAAGGUGGCCGUCGUCAUGGGCGCCCAUCGCCUCGCCCACGUGCUCAAGCCAACGUCCAACUGCAUGUUUUUGGCGUCCCCCGUGCCCGACGAGCCGCUGCCGACGCUGUGGCUCCAAGCGGUGCACCGGUACCAGCGCAUCGUCCCGUUCUACUUUCGACGGCCGUUCCGCGUGCAUUUGUUUGGCCACCCGCUCUUGGUGCCCAUGGCCAAGACGAGUGCCGAGCUCUACGCGUGGCUACACACGCAUUUUGCCAUGACGCCGGCGGCCAAUGGCCUCGCGCUGGCUCCAAGCAUGGAGUUUGCAAUUCCGUCGCCGCCGACGACGGCGUCGUACGGCUUUACAUUGCGGCAGGUGCUCAAGCCGGAUGGUCUCUCGUGCGCGAUUUGUCCGUGGACAUCCCACUGCCUCGGAUGUGUUCUGGACCCGAGCGAUGGGACGACGCGCCUCGAACCCACAGCCGCCACGAUGCUGGCCAUCGACUGGACACGACGCUCGUUCAUCGUCUAUAAAGUAUCGAUUGUGUAG